UCCGGGUACAUAACCCUAAAUUGGGAGCUUAAGCUAUCACUAUUACAUUCAACUAGCCUAAAGCAAUUUAUACUUUAAUUUCUGAUUAUUCUCAAAUCUCACUCCUCUAUUACGUUCUCCUCUCAAUUCCUAUCUAGCCUUUCAGUUCUUUGUGCGUGCACACUUUUUUCCCCCCAAAUUGGGAAUAGGGGAGGGUAAUGAAUCCAUCCACAAGUUAGUAGCUAAGGUAGCCAAACGCCUAUUGUUUUGAUGACUGAAAAAGAGUACCAGUCUGUGAAUUAGUAUCAGCAACAUACGUAUUAUACUAAAAAGGAGUAAUGGAAGGGAGACGAGUUCGAAGGUUUGGCAGAUGGCGAAGCAAUCAGACUCUAUUCCCAGUGCGCGUCAAUCGACUAUCUAACGCUGUUUCCUGUUGGUAUUGUGACUGCAAGUCAUCAAUAUUGAACGAACCCUUGUUUCAUUUCGGACGAAGAUAUUCCAGGUUCUUGAAAGCUUGGUUCUCAAUGGGUGUUGGUUUUAGUCUUGCCGUUUUAUCUGCUGUUACUAUGAUUCUUUUAUCUGAAAUCGUCCAAAUACUGUGUCUUUAUUAUGGCAACACCCAGUUGAGCAAUGUGAUGAGUGAAUAUCUGUUUGGUUUUUCUUCUACGAUAUCAGGCUUGACCAUUUCAGUGGCUGACGUUGGAUAUCUGUGCAUGUCUUCCUUUAUAUCAGUUUCUGUGCAUGAACUUGGGCACGCUCUAGCUGCUGCAAGUGAGGGCAUACAGAUGGAGUACAUUGCUGUAUUUUUGGCUGUAUUAUUUCCAGGUGCUCUACUGGCAUUCGAUCAUGAGUUACUGCAGGCAUUAUCCAAAGUUCCUGCUCUUCGAAUAUACUGUGCUGGCGUUUGGCAUAAUGCAGUUCUUUGUGCUGUUUGUGCCUGGGCAUUAUUCCUUCAACCCUUGAUCUUGUAUCCAUUUUACAUUCAUGAUGAAGGUCCCAUGGUACUGGAUGUGUCUCCAACAUCGCCAUUGUCUGGCCAUUUGUCUCCUGGUGAUGUCAUUAUGUCAUUGGAUGAUUUCCGCAUCAAUAAUGCUCAGGAGUGGUCACAAAUUAUUUCUGUAUUAGCUGAACACUCUUAUCAAAACUCUCAGAAUCACAGCCUUCUUGAGAACCCUAUGAAAAGAAGUAUUGCUAAAGGAUACUGUAUUCCCCAUUCUUUGGUUGAAGAAGGCAAACAUGUUUCGUUGGAAGGCAACGGAGCUUCUUGUCCUGAUGAACUAAGUGCAUUUAUAACAAUUCCAUGCUUGGACCAGGCCAUGCCUGAUGAUGACAUUCUUGAGGUUAACCAUCAAAGGGAUGGAGGUGUACUCCGUUGCUUUUAUGCUGAGGAUGUCUUGAAGCUUGAGAAAUGUGGUGAUGGUUGGGGCAGACUUCAUAGUAAUAGGAGCAGCUGCUUGUGUUCCAAGGAAGGAGCAUGCUUUCUUCCACUUUUGUCAACCGGUGUAGCAUGGGUGGAGAUCACAUAUUCAAGCCCUUCUCCCCUACAAUGCUCGCAACUUGGAAGAAAACACGUGAUCAAUGAUGAUAACUCCAGGGAGAACCCCUGUGUUAAGACCUUUGUUUUUGUGGGUGAUGUAAUUUCAAUAAAGCAUUCAGUUCUCUUGACCUCAUAUCAACCUCGUUGGUCAGCUAAAUUUGGUGCACAUCUUCCUUAUGUACUGGAAAGGCUUUUGAUGUUCACCUUUCACGUCUCUUUGACACUUGCACUUCUCAACAGCUUGCCGGUUUAUUUCCUCGAUGGUGAGGCCAUCUCAGAGGUGAUCAUACACUACUUCAGGAUCCUAAGUCCCAGGAGGAGGAGAACUAUUCUACAGUAUUUCCUAUUUGGUGGAACAGUUGCAUCUAUUCUUGUCUUCGUCCGGAUUUUCCUUGUUUUGUUGUGAGGUGCAUAUGGUGGUGCAACGUGAUUAGCUUACUGCUGAAUGAACUGCAAUGAAAUUCAGACAAUAUGGACCUGUUAUCUGUUAAUUGGCACCUGUUCUUCGUAAGUUGCGCUUUGACGAGGGGCAGUUUGAUAAAACUCGUACAUAUGUGAGAGUUAAUGGUGCAAUUGUUUCUGAUGUCAUGAAACAGCAACUCUGACGCGAGCGAUCAGGCAAAAUUCAAGCCCUUCAAAAAAAGAAAUAUUGUUUCCAUAUCUAUGGGGUUUAUACCUGAUUGUAAAGCCUUCAACUUUCUACAUGGAAGAUUGCAACACUUGAGGAAUAUCAUCAAAACUCAUGCAGCAAAAUGUGGAAAGCCCAUUCGAGUUAAGUGUCCUAUUUACCAUUUCGAUUUUAGGCUUCAACUAGCAUAGCUUGGGCGAAGUUGAUUAGUAUGUUCAUUCUGAGAAAAAAGCACAUUUGAUUUUUGAAGUUUUAAGCUAAGCGUCUGUUUCAAUGUUUGUGGAUUUGAAACACACAAAAAAGAGUUGAUUCAACAUGAAGGCAUUUGUUGGUAAAUUUGUGAACGUAUCUGAAUUUGACGUGAAA